UAAGCAUAUACAACUUCAAAAUUGCAGUGGUAGCAAAGCUCAAGCAUAGAAACGUUGCCUUGCUUCUAUUGGUCUGAUUUUGUUUAGUGGUGAAGAUUAAUUGGGUUUUUAUUUCUUUGCUUUUUGGUAGAGCAAAACUCUAAUAUGAAACGAGGGUACUCAGAAUCAUCCUCCACCUCUCUCGAGCCACCUCAAUCCAGGUUCAAACACAACCCAGAAAAUGACCUCUUGGAAGAUGAAGGCACAAACAUUUUCGCACGCAAAGUGGCUGAACAUUACAGUGAUCAAACUCUGGAAGAAGGAGAAAUUAGUCAAACCAUGGAAGUGGCCGAGCAUUACAGUGAUCAAACUUUGGAAGAAGGAGAAAUUAGUCCAACCAUGGAAGCACAACCCCAAGAAACCCCUACUGUUCACAUGAACGCAGUGAAGCAAAGCUUAUUACAGACCGAGUCAACCUCGAAGGAGCCGAGUCUUGAUGAAGUGGAGGAGAUCAUACGCUACAAUUUCAGGAACAAGAAGUUACUAGAGGAAGCCUUUACGCAUUCUUCUUUUACUUGCGGCUUUUCCUAUGAGCGAUUGGAGUACGUAGGCGAUGGGGUGCUCGGUUUAUUGUUUUGCCAGGCACAUUAUUCUCUGUACCCGGAUUUAGCUCCGGGAAAGCUGACCCUCCUCCGGGCGGCCAACGUCGAUACCGAGAAGCUUGCACGUGUGGCACUCCGGCACGGCUUCCACCGCUACCUCCGCCACAGGAAACCUUACCUUGUAGAUCAAAUUCAAGAGUUUUCACGAGCGGUUAUUGAGUAUCCAUUGCACUCGAAUGGUCUUAUUGACGCUCCGAAAGACCUUGCAGAUGUUGUAGAGUCCACUAUUGGGGCGGUUUUCAUGGACUGCAACUCCAUAGAGGUUGUGUGGCAUGUGUUUAAGGGCUUGCUAGAGCCGAUCAUAACUCAGGAGACGAUACAAAUACAUCCAAACACACAGCUUCUUGAGAUGUGUCAAAAGAACCGCCGGAGUCUCAAGUAUGUAGAUUCAUGGGAGAAGGACUAUAGUGUUGGGUGUGUCAUUGAUGGUCAGAUUGUUGGAAGAGGUACCUAUAGUCUUCGGAAGGACGUUGCGCUAAACCGAGCAGCAAAAGAUGCAUUGGACAAUAGGUGGAAGUGGAUGGAGAAUAAUGCUACUGCCAUUGCUCAACGUGUGACGGAGGAGCCUUCGGAACCGGUGCUAUUGAAGAAUAUGAACAUGGAGAAUAGAGAUGAAGACGCAAUUAGCUCUGUGGAGCAGGCUGAGGAACCAAGUGUCGGUUCUUUGGUGCCCGUUACUCCAGGAAAGAAAGAUAUGCAGGAGGAUCUAGAGACUAAUGACACUUCUGUUCGAGGUCCGAAUGUUUUGAGUGAAGAGACUACUUCAUAUAAUGAGACUAACUUUAGUACCCGUCCUCGAGGUCAGAUAGAAAUGCAUGCCAUAAAUUCUCUUCUGGGGAAUGGGAUUGGUGAUGAGUUUAUUGGACUCUCUAGAGGACAACGAAAGCGCCUCCGAAAAAGACAACGGAAGAUUUCGGCUAACACAACAAUAAUAACUCCGGAGACAAUACCACUUCAUUCAAAUUUCAAACACACAGUUUCUUGAGAUAUGUUAAUACUUGAUAGAACGAAGAAAUUGAUCUAUGGGGACAGAGAAGCCAAGAUCGAUUUCUUCCUUAAUUGGAACUCCAUAGUUUACGUAAUGUAUAAAACUAAUUUGGCCUGUAUAGUCUAUUUCAUGUUGCCUAUCAGUUGCCUCCGUAAGGUGAGUGAGUUCGGGGCUUCAAUUGCCUAUCAGUUGCCUACGAUGGAGAGUUAUGAUAUGUCAAAAUGAAAGGGAUGCUGGUUCUGGCACUCUACGUCUACACGCACUGUUUUUCUAGUGUUGUUAUAUACUCCAUUACCUUUGGAACAUUAUAUAAUAUACAAAUACGAAAAAUAUACAAAUCCUUGCUUUUGAUUCAAGGAUUUUUGACAAAAAUGCAGUAUAAGAAUCAUUCAUCCUUUCAAAAAUCGAAAAUCAUUCAUAUGCAUUUAUGAUUUACUAUGUAGAUGUAUGUUCUCAUAUAUACGUACAACCAAACGUACGAUCAUGCCGGAAAUAUUGUUAUGAAGUAUAUAAUGUAACUGUGAUAUUGGCACGGCUCAAUCAAACCAAAGGACCCAAUUCUUGGGAGAUUUGAUUUGAUUGAGCCAUUCCAAUAUCACACAUUUCUCAGCAAAACAAC